CGGCGCGAAUCAAAUUACGUGGCAGCGAGAACACGAACCUACCGCAACUUCCACUAGGCGCAGCGAUGGAGGUGGUCGCUUUGGUCACUUUGACUUUGUUUUUGGGAGGCCUGGUGGCGUUGGUCGCGUUCGCCUUGGGGAAAAGGAAAGAGGAGCUGCGAGGGGAGGCCGAGCAGACGAGCGACUGCGCAAGCAGCACGGCAAAGGGUCCUGCAGCCAAGAAACUCAAGCAAGAGAAGCUGCUGCGCGGCCGUAAAAAUAAAUCUCCACAACACGACUUCAGCCAUCCUCUGCUGGCAUGCUCGCUAAAGGGCCACAGUGGGAUUGUGACGUCCCUGGAUUUCAGCAGUAACGGGAAGUACUUGGCGUCUUGUUCCGAUGACCGCACCGUGCGAAUAUGGAGCACCAAAGACUUCCUCAACCGGGAUCACAAGUACAUGAGGGCCAAUGUGGAGCUAGACCAUGCCACCCUAGUGUGCUUCACCCCGGACUCCAGGGCGUUUAUCACCUGGCUGUCUUACGGCGACACCAUCCGUGUCUUCAAAAUGAUUAAAAAAGAUGACGGCACUAUGAGCUUCAAACCGGCUGCCAAGGACUUCCCGAUCAAACAUAAGGGCAGCAUCAUCAACAUCGGCAUGGCGGAUACCGGCAAGUUCCUCAUGAGCGCCUACAAUGACACCACCAUCAACAUUUGGAACCUGAAAGGUGAAAUACUGGCUUCUAUCAACACUAACCAGAUGACCAAUUCUUAUGUUGCCGUCUCCCCAUGUGGAAGGUUUGUGGCAUCCUGUGGCUUCACUCCAGACGUCAAGGUGUGGGAGGUGUGCUUUUCAAAGACGGGCGAGUUCAAGGAGGUGACGCGAGCCUUCGAGCUGAAAGGCCACUCCGCAGGAGUGCACGCGUUUGCCUUUUCUAACGACUCGCACAAAAUGGUGACAGUGUCCAAAGACGGCACUUGGAAGUUGUGGAAUACGGACGUAGAGUACAAAAAGCAGCAGGAUCCCUAUCUGCUCAAGACCGUCCCCUGCUCGUCGUCCAAAGGCAGCCUGGCGGCGCUGUCGCCCGACGGCCGAGUGGUGGCCAUUAGUGACGGGUGUAACGUGGCCUUGUACAACGCCUCCAGCGGCGAGUUGGAAGAGCAGAUUCUCAGCAUACACAGCUUCGAGGUCACGGCCCUCCGCUUUGAUGUCACCGGGCGCUUUUUGGCGUGCAGCGGCGACAAGGCCAUCCGAGUGUUUCACAACGCUCCUGGCUACCGGGCGAUCAUUAAGGACAUGCAGGACAUGCUGAAGAAGGCACAGAAUGAGGGCAUGAAGCAGAGGCUGCAGCAGCAAAUUAGCGACGCCCAGAAGGCCCUGCGUGCCGCCAAGCUGGCCUCCUCCGUCCACUGAAAACACCUCAACAGUGACUGCCUUUCCAUGCAAUUUUUAAUAAAAAGAGAAUCUUUUUACGUCAUGAUAAACAGUCUGUUUGCGCCUUAUCCCGUCAAAUAUGUGGUUCUCACAACUCUGUCUGCGAUUCAAGAUGUGAACAUGCAAGUUGAGUUUCUCGCAAUUUUUUCGAACCUUUUGUACUAAAGAUGACUGAA